AUGGGGUUCUGCCUCUCACUUCCCUUCCCCUCCCCCUCCUCCAACGGAAUCCCCUUCGACAUGGCGCCUCUCACUAUCCGCAACCUGACCUCUCUGCCCGUUACCCUCAAGCGUGUUGAGCGCUUCGAAGGUGAGAAGGUUCGCACCGGAGAUGUUUUGGGCAACACCAUUGGCACCAUUGGCUCGUUCUUCAAUGCGACAACCUUCACUACGAGAGAGACCGUCGUAAAGGGCGAGUCGCAUACCACCGAGGAUGUAGAUGUCCAUGUCGAUCCCUUCACCAUCAACGACACGGGAAUCAACGCCCCAGAACCCGGCGGCAAGGAGGUCAUCCGUCUGCAGUUCGAAAUCGAAGGCCACCGUUAUGAGAUCGACGCCCCGAGCCCAUCCAACCGCUCAUCCGUCAUGAAGAAGCUCGACGAUGCGCCUCUCGAGCUCACGGCCGUCUAUGUGUCCUCCGGCGCAUUCCUCGCCAUCAUGUCCUCUGCCAACCUCAACGCCUGGAUGCGUGAGCUCCAGGACCACUAUCCCCUUCCACUCCUCUCCAUUCCCGGCACGCACAACUCUCCCACAUGUCACACGGCUCUCCCCUCGGUGCGAUGCCAGGCUGUCAGCGUCCGCGAGCAACUCGACAACGGCGUGCGCUUCCUCGACAUCCGCGUCUCAGCCAGCCAAGAUAACGACGACCUGGCCCUCGUCCACUCCGUCUUCCCCAUCUCUCUGACGGGCAACAAGUACUUCGCCGACAUGCUCUCCGACAUCUAUGCCUACCUCGACGCCAACCCCUCUGAGACCGUCCUCAUGUCUGUAAAGCGCGAAGGCACCGGCAAGGGCACCGACGAGCACCUGAGCCGCUACCUUCGCGACCGCUACGUCGGCCGUGACGCCCACCGCUGGUUCGUCGAGCCGCGCAUCCCCCGCCUCGGCGAUUGUCGCGGGCGCAUCGUGCUGAUCCGCCGCUUCGGCAUCGACGAGUCCCUGCGUGGGGAACACGACGGCAGGGGCUGGGGCAUCGAUGCGCAGAACUGGCCCGACAACUGCGAGGACGGCACCGUGGGCGGCGGGCUCAUCCGCGUCCAGGACUUUUACGAGAUCGACCAGUCUACCAACAUUGAGAAGAAGAUUGACUUCUCGCGCGGCCAGCUGGAACGCGCCGCCGAGCAGUUCUUCCACCUCCCCGGCAUGCCAGACUUCAACGCCGACGCCCCGUCGCUGCCCUUUUUCGUCAACUUCCUGAGCGCGAGCAACUUCUUCAAUGCCACCUGCUGGCCAGAACGUAUCGCGGCCAAGGUGAACCCGUCUGUCAUCGAGUACCUGUGCAUGUGUCACGGUGAGCAGGGCAAGGGGCCCAAUCAGCUCAACAUUGGCGACGCCGCAACUGGCAUCAUCGUCACAGAUUGGGUUGGAGCGCAUGGCGACUGGGAUUUGAUCAGAUGUAUUGUUGGGAUGAACUCGCGGCUGCAGCUCAAGCAUUAG